GGCCGGAUCACUCGCCCUGCACUAACCUCGGUCGCCUCCAUCCGCGCCACCUUGCUCGCACUUUAAAUACCCCCUCGAUCGCGCGCACUCAGCACUAUCCGCGCACCACCGCCACCACACCAAGGCACCGGGUAGCUAGGCUAGUGGAGUGGACGCCCCGCCGCGCGCACGGGCGGCAAGCAUGGGCCCUGCGGCGGUCGCCGUCCUGAUCAUCCUCUGCGCCGCCGCCGCUGAGGCCCGCGUCCCGGCCGGCCACCUCGCGACGAGGCGGCGCGACAGUGUUCCCGCGGGCGUGGGCGCGUGCGCGCUGGCCGUGGCCCCCUUCGGCUACCCCUGCGAGGAGCACACGGUGACGACGGUGGAUGGGUACAUCCUGAGCCUGCAACGAAUCCCGAGGGGCCGGCGCGCCAGCGGCGGCGGCGGCGCGGGGCAGCCGGUGCUUCUGCAGCACGGCGUUCUCACGGACGGCAUGACAUGGCUGCUCAGCUCGCCGGAGGAAUCGUUGGCGUACAUCCUCGCGGACAGCGGCUUCGACGUGUGGGUGGCCAACAACAGGGGCACCAGGUGGAGCAGCCGCCACGUCUCCCUCGACUCCUCCUCCCGGAGGUACUGGGACUGGUCGUGGGACGACCUGGUGGUGAACGACAUGCCGAGCCUGGUUGACUACAUCUACAGCCACACCGAGCAGAAGCCACACUUCCUCGGCCACUCCAUGGGGACGCUGGUGGCGCUGGCGGCCUUCUCGGAGGGCAGGACGGUGGACAAGCUCAAGUCGGCGGCGCUGCUGACCCCGGUCGCCUAUCUGUCCCACAUGACCACCCCCCUCGGCAUACUGCUCGCCAAAGCAUUCGUUGGAGAGCUCAUCACUAUCCUCGGUGUGGCGGAGUUCAACCCAGUAACGCCGGCGGUGGCGAGCCUCUUCAAGGAACUGUGCCGCCAUCCUGGAACCAACUGCUACGACCUCCUCACAGACUUCACAGGGAAGAACUACUGCCUCAACAGCUCGGCCGUCGACGUCUUCCUCCAGUACGAGCCGCAGCCGACGUCCACCAAGACCAUGGUGCACCUCGCCCAGACGUUCCGCGACGGCGUGCUGUCCAAGUACGACUACGUGUGGCCGGGCGUGAACGUGGAGAAGUACGGCCAGCCGGACCCGCCGGCGUACAACAUGUCCAACAUACCGGCGGGCUUCCCGCUCUUCCUCAGCUACGGCGGCCGGGACGAGCUGGCCGACCCCGGCGACGUCGGCCGCCUCCUCGGCGACCUCCGGGGCCACGACCCCGGCAGGCUCACGGUGCAGUACCUGGAGCAGUUCGCGCACGCCGACUUCGUCAUCGGCACCUGCGCCAAGGACUACGUCUACAACCACGUCGUCUCCUUCUUCAACCGCUUCAACUAGCAACAAGCUCGUCUCCAACAAAGAUGGGGGAUUUGGAGGGUGAACAGCUACAGUUGCUGCAAGAUUACGGAGGAGAAAUUACGCUUACAUAUAGUAGCUGUGAAUAUGUCAAUAGUAUGGAAAUCUCAUAAUUACACCAGAGGUGAUCGCCAUGGCUACAUGCACCCGUUUAUGCACAGGCUGAGAAUUACCAGGCGUUCCCUGAACUAAAAGUAUGGCCACUCGUA